UCUUCUUAGCCAAUCAGAGAGGCGAAGCCUCCUCACUGUGGGCCAAUAGACUGCGAGUCCAGGGCCCGCGACGGUUAAACGGGGCUUGGGACUGAGGCCGUCGGCAGUGUAUCUUGGGGGUGCUUUCGAGUCGGUGGCCGUAGCUCCGCGGCUGCGGCGCGAUCUGUUGGAGUCCUGCGGUGGGCCCGGCCAUGCCGACCCGGGUGGAAGACUACGAGGUGCUGCACACCAUUGGCACAGGCUCCUACGGUCGCUGCCAGAAGAUCCGGAGGAAGAGUGACAGCAAGAUAUUGGUUUGGAAAGAACUUGACUAUGGCUCCAUGACAGAAGCUGAGAAACAAAUGCUUGUUUCUGAAGUGAAUUUGCUUCGUGAACUGAAACAUCCAAACAUUGUCCGUUACUAUGAUCGUAUUAUUGACCGAACCAACACAACACUGUACAUCGUAAUGGAAUAUUGUGAAGGAGGGGACCUGGCUAGUGUAAUUACAAAGGGAACCAAGGAAAGACAAUACUUGGAGGAAGAGUUUGUUCUUCGAGUGAUGACUCAGUUGACUCUGGCCCUAAAGGAAUGUCAUAGACGAAGCGAUGGUGGUCAUACAGUGCUACAUCGGGAUCUGAAACCAGCCAACGUUUUCCUGGAUGGCAAGCAAAAUGUUAAGCUUGGAGACUUUGGGCUAGCUAGAAUAUUAAACCAUGAUACGAGUUUUGCAAAGACAUUUGUGGGCACACCUUACUACAUGUCUCCUGAACAGAUGAAUCGCAUGUCCUACGAUGAGAAAUCGGAUAUCUGGUCACUAGGCUGUUUGCUGUAUGAAUUAUGUGCAUUAAUGCCUCCAUUUACAGCUUUCAACCAGAAAGAAUUGGCUGGGAAGAUCCGAGAAGGCAAAUUCAGGCGAAUUCCAUAUCGUUACUCUGAUGAAUUGAAUGACAUUAUUACGAGGAUGUUAAAUUUAAAGUAUUACCAUCGACCUUGUGUUGAAGAAAUUCUGGAGAACCCUUUGAUAGCCGACUUGGUUGCAGAAGAGCAAAGAAGAAAUCCUGAGAGAAGAGGGCGACGAUUAGAACCAGAAAAGUUGCAGGAUUCCAGCCCUGUAUUGAGUGAGCUGAAACUAAAGGAAAUACAGUUACAGGAGCGAGAGCGAGCCCUCAAAGCAAGAGAAGAAAGACUGGAGCAGAAGGAACGAGAGCUUUGUGUUCGUGAGAGGCUGGCAGAGGAUAAAGUGGCCAGAGCAGAGAGCCUGUUGAAGAAUUACAGCCUGAUGAAGGAACAGAAGCUGCUGUCUCUGGCAAGUAGUCCAGAACUUUUCGAUCUUUCAUCCUCGAUAAUUAAGAAGAAAGUUCAUUUCAGCGGGGAGAGUAAGGAGAACGUCAUGAGGAGUGAGAAUUCUGAGAGUCAGCUCACCUCCAAAGCCAAGUGCAAAGACCUGAAAAAAAGGCUUCAUGCCGCCCAGCUGCGUGCUCAAGCCCUGUCAGACAUUGAAAAAAAUUACCAGCUGAAAAGCAGACAGAUUCUGGGCAUGCGCUAGCUGAGCGGGCGACACAGCUGUGUACAGUGUUUACUGCUGCCAAACCCGUCAAGAUUGAUAUUCAACUGCUGUAGCUUGAUAUACUUGGUUCUGUGAGCCAUGCCUUUCUGUACAGUGAGCUUUUGGAAUUGCUUUUGCUGUUCUUCGGCAGUAAUUAUAUAAAAUGCCCACACCUUUAGUUUUUCUUCUUUUUUAAAGAAGCCUUUAUAGAAAGAAUGACACUUUCUUGCUUGGGCUUUUAAAUCCUGUGUGUGAUUACUACUGGAACAAGAAAUGGUACAUGCUAAAUGUUAGAGAAAAAUGAUGUUAGGAAAAAAUAUUUACCCAGGAGUAGCACUUACUGAGAAGUUUUAAAUGGCUGAGUGCUUCCAAUCGUCACAUCUGGAUUUAAAAUUUACAGUCUGAGGUUUUAAAUGUUCUAGAGAUUAGAAAACCUAAUUGGAUAUAAGCUUGUUACUAAUACCAUGAUAUCUUGCUUAUAAAUAUCGCUGUCAAAUAUUCCAUUGCUCUGUAGUGUGAAUCUGUCACGUUUGUUGAAAUUCAUCACUGUGAUGUCUGUAUUCUUUUUUCCCCCCUUUUAUUCUGUUUAACUGUUUAUAAGCUGGCUGACAUUUACUCACCUCUUUCUCACUAAAUAAAACAAUUCUUUAGUUUUCCUAUAUUUAUGUGUCUUGCAUUUGUUGGCGUUAGUUGGAGGGAGUCUGUUUAGGUAAGAACAUCGAUCUGAUGGUCACAAGAGCAGUAAUGAUGCUUGACUCCAUCUCAUUGACCCAUCGAAGCCAGUGGUUCUUAACCGGGCAAUUGUGCCUCCUCAGGAGACAUUUGGCGAUGUCUGGGGACAUUGUAAUGAUUGCAGGGAGGGUACUACUGAAUCUAGUGGGCAGAGGCCAGCGGUUCUGCUAAACAUCCUACAAUGUACAGGACAGUCCCCACAGCAAAAUGCCACCAGUGCCGCGCUUGAGAAGCCCAACCUAAGCCAAAACUUGUUGCGGUACCCCACCCUUGAAGGCAAUUUACCUUGGUUUUGAUGGACUAUUUUUUGUCUGACUUUUAAUAUAAAUUAGCCAUCUUCGUUGUGCCCAUCACAUUUUUCAUGUGAUGGUUUCCAAACAAUGCUCAUCCUUUUAGCUAAAUGAAAUAAGACCAAGUUAUGAAGGGUAAUCAUAAAUGGGGAAAAGUAGCUCCUUUAUUAGUUAUUUUAUUACAGGUUUUCUACCCAAUUAGUAAUGUAAUUCUAUCAAAGACAGCUGAUGUCUAAACACAGUCAGAAACUGCUGACCAUGCCUUUC